UCGGAAUUACCAUACACAAAUAGUGGUCACCAAUUAAUACGGAUAUAUUCAAUUUCGUCAACCCAAACUGCCAUUAAUUUAAAUUCCAAACUAAACCCGUUCUCACUAAAAUCACUACCCCGGAAGAAGCAGUAGCACAAAGCCUUUUCCCGCUCGAUCGGCGAAUAACCAUUUGAGGUUUUUUUUCCUCUGUCGCCGGCGGCGGUGUUGGCUUGCUGUCUCUGACUUUGUUCUCUGGCUUUUUCGCGUUAAAAUAAAUAAAUAUUAAACUGCGUCUUUUGGUUUCUUGAUAUUUGUGUAUAGUUCCAGAAAACGUAUCUGGGUUUUGGAAUUAAGACGCGAAAAUGUUGACAGUUAAAAAGGUUCCUACAGUUGUUUCCAAUUACCAGGAUGAUGGUUCGAAAUCUAUUUCUGAUCAAAGUGUAUUGGGUUGUGGCCGGAAUUGCCUUGGAAAGUGCUGCUUUCCAGUGUCUAAACUUUCUCUGUAUUCAUUCAAGAAGAAGGAAGAGGGAGGAGAUAAUGUUGGGGUGAUGAACAACAGUGAAGAUUCUAACAUGUCCUUGCAGAAUUUGCUGUUUGGACAGUGGGAAGAUCGAAUGAUGCGGGGCCUUUUUUGCUAUGAUGUAACAGCUUGUGAGACAAAGAUCAUUCCUGGGGACUUUGGAUUUAUAGCACAGCUGAAUGAAGGGCGCCAUUUGAAGAAAAGACCAACUGAGUUUCCAGCUCACUUUGUUCUUCAGCCUUUUGAUGACAGCAAAUUCAAUUUCACUAAAGUUUGCCAAGAAGAAGUUCUCUUCAGGUUUGAACCAAGUAGUGACAAUAGGAGCCAUUUUUCUCCAACUGCACCAGCAGUAGCUGACAUGGGAUCCAAUUCAACGAAUGUUGUUGCUAUUAAUGUGAGUCCAAUUGAGUAUGGUCAUGUUCUUCUGAUUCCUCGAGUUUUUGAUUGCUUGCCUCAAAGAAUUGACCAUGAGAGCUUCUUGCUGGCUCUUCAUAUGGCUAAAGAAGUGAAAGAUCCCUUCUUCCGGUUGGGUUACAACAGCUUAGGUGCUUUUGCCACAAUUAAUCACCUACAUUUUCAAGCAUAUUACUUAGCAGUGCCUUUCCCAGUUGAAAAGGCUUUGACCCAUAGAGUUAGUAUUGAAAUGGGGAAUCCAGACAACAAAGGAGUAAUUGUUUCUCAACUCAAGAAUUAUCCUGUUCAAGGUCUUGUUUUCGAGGCUGGAAAUUCAAUGCAGGAUUUGUCUGAUGUUGUUGCUAGCUCCUGCAUUCACUUGCAGGAAAACAACAUACCUUUCAACGUGCUAAUCUCUGAUUGUGGGAAAAGAAUCUUCUUAUUUCCUCAGUCAUUUGCAGAGAGGCAAGCAUUAAGAGAAGUAAGCCAGGAUAUCCUGGACACCCAAGUGAACCCUGCAGUGUGGGAGAUCAGCGGCCAUGUAGUGCUGAAAAGAAAGAAGGAUUUUGACGAUGCCUCAGAGGCCUAUGCAUGGAGGCUUCUUGCCGAAGUUUCUCUGUCUGAAGUGAGAUUUGCAGAGGUGAAAGCCUGCGUAUUGGAAGCAGCAGGCUUGCAAGAACCAGAUGUUGAGGAGACAAAGAAGGAAGAAGCUCUUCAUUUCGAGCCACCUUCUCAAAAUCUUUUGCAUUUGUCUCAAGGUUGUUUGCUUCUUCUGUGAUGCGCUAGCUAGGAAUGUCUUCCAAAUUACAUAACCAUUUGAUCACCAUGGUUUCUGCAAAUAGUACCUCACAUAGUUCUUCAAAAUACUAUACUCCUUAAGGGCAGUUUGGUAUGAAAAGUUCACAUUUUUCAUAUUACUAAUCUGAUAGUCUGAAAACUUACAUCAAUGUGUUUGGUGUGGAAUCUUAUUUAUGAUUAAUGAGAAUAUCACUUAUGUGUUUGGUUGUGUAUAA